AUGGUCCAAGCAGAUGUUGGAAGAGAUUCAGAUUACACUACCUCAAGCAAGGCAGUCACGUCGCCGUACAACGCGGACUUCGACGGAGACGAAAUGAACUUGCACCUGGCCCAGUCGCAAGAGACGCGUGCGGAGAUCAAGCACAUGAUGCUGAACCCCCGGCAGGUCGUGUCUCCGCAGGGCAACAAGCCCGUUAUGGGCGUUGUGCAGGACAGCCUGCUCGCCACCGCGAAGUACACGAAGCGAGAUACCUACAUGGAGAAGGAUCUCUGCAUGAACAUCCUCAUGUGGCUCCCUGUUUGGGAUGGCCAGCUUCCGAUCCCAGCGAUCAUCAAGCCGAAAAUGCUUUGGACGGGCAAGCAGAUCCUCUCCAUGCUUUUGCCCAAGACUCUGUCUAUGAAGCGUGAUGCAGCGAUCGCCUCCAAGAACAAGAAGGAUGAGCCAGACUUCGCAGCGAGCGAUUGCAAGGUGCUCAUCGUCAACGGCGAGCUGUUGAGUGGCAUCGUGUGCAAGAAGACAAUUGGCUCUUCUGGGGGAUCUUUGCUGCAUCUGGUCUGGCUGGACAGUGGGCCGGAGUGGUGUCGGAACGUUCUUUCCUACAUCCAAAAGAUGGUGAACCAGUGGUUGACGCACAAUGGGUUCUCCUGUGGCGUGGCAGACAUCAUUGCCAACGACCAAACGCUGCUGAGUGUGGAGAAGACGCUGAAGCAGGCAAAGAAAGAGGUGCGAGCACUCUUGGCUGAUGCCCAGCGUGGAAAGCUGGAGACGCAGCCUGGAAAAACCAUGUACCAGUCUUUCGAAGCCAAGGCGAACCAACGUCUGAACUCCGCCCGCGAGGACGCCGGAAACAUUGGUGCCAGCUCGCUGGAUGAGCGCAACAACAUUAUUUCCAUGGUGAAUGCUGGCUCUAAGGGGUCGCCAUUGAACGUUGCCCAGAUUGUGGCCUGCGUGGGUCAGCAAAACGUGGAAGGCGCUCGCAUCAGGUACGGCUUCAAUGAACGGACCCUGCCGCACUUCACGAAGGACGAUUAUGGAGCGGAGGCGCGAGGCUUCGUGGAGAACUCCUACCUGGCAGGCCUUACACCACAGGAGGUCUGGAUGCAUGCCAUGGGAGGCCGCGAGGGGGUCAUCGACACGGCCUGCAAGACCUCCGAGACAGGGUACAUCCAGCGGCGUCUUGUGAAGUCUAUGGAGACCCUGAAGGUGGCCUAUGAUGGCACAGCCCGGAAUGCCUGCAAUGACAUUAUCCAAUUCCUUUAUGGAGAGGAUGGCAUGGACGGGCUUUGGAUCGAGGAUCAAACUCUGGAGAUAAUGACUUACGACAACCGGAAGCUGGAGAACACCUUCCAGCACAAGUACACCGAUGCAGACUACGGGCUCGGUUGGCUGCCGACACGCAUCCUGGAGCAGAUUAAGGUCAGCAGUGAUGACCAGCAACUCCUUGAUGAAGAGUGGGAGAGGCUGAAGACCGUCAAGCAGCAGAUCUGCAGUGAGGUAUACCCGGAUGGUGAGACGAAGCAGCACAUCCCGAUUAACAUCGCCAGGCUGCUGGACCGGGCUCGCAACCGUGUCGCGGACGAGGAUGGCACUGAAGCGCAAGAGAGGUAUUCGCCCAUGGAGAUCGUCCAAAAGGUUGAAAGCUUGCUGAAGCAGUUGGAGGUGACCAGGGCCAUCGCAGAAGGCGACACCAUCGGACGGGAAGUGGAAGACAAUGCCAAGAUCGUCCUCAACGCCCACCUCCGGUGCGCAUUAGCGUCGCGGAAGAUCCUUGAGAAGGAGAAGCUGUCGAAGCAGUCUUUCGACUGGCUGAUCGGCGAGGUCAAACAGAAGUUCAUGAAGUCCCUGGUACAUCCAGGUGCCGCCUGCCUCGCUUCAGGUUUUGCGAAGAGGGAAACGGUUGCUUGUGGAAAGCAUUCAUCCAAAGCUUCCAGCAUGUACGAAACCACCAUUGAACUUGCAAUCGAAGUCAGGUUGGGUGGGGCCUCAAGUACUCAUCAGAAUAUGACAUUCAUGCCAAGUAAAGUGUGCAACUUGUUGCCAUAG